AUGCCUCGACGUCCGCGGAAGACUGUUGCCGCCAGCAAACCUCGUCCAGUAGACCGCAACGAAAGCAAAGUCAAGAAGUGGAAUAAAGCCUCUGACAUUCCUCUAGACGAUGAGGAUCAAUUUCAUGCUGCUCGCGACAAAAUUCUGUUGGACGGGGACAUUGAAGAUGAAGACUUGGAGGGAGACGAAGAGGAGGUUUUUGGACUAGGGAUAGAUGACGAUGACGACGACGAAUCUAUGGGUGAAGAAGAAGAAACACCCGAAGCAGCUUCUGCUCUCUCGACAACGAAAUCCAAAUCCAAAAAAAGCAAGAAAAAGAAAAAAGAAUUAUCAUCAGAAGACUCGGAAGAGGAAGGAUGGGGUCGUGGCCGCUCAGCGUAUUAUUCUUCCAAUGCUGCCCAACUGGACUCGGACGACGAGCAAGCCAAUGAACUUGAAGAACAAGAGGCUAUACGACUUCAAGCUAAAGCUCGAGACGCAAUGCAAGACUUCGAUUUUGGGCUAGAUGAUGUUGUCGAGCCGAUGGCCGUGUAUGUUCUCCUUUCUUCCACUGCUUUCAACGACUUGAUUUGUUUGACAAGCGAUGCUGUCCAGGAGGACCCAGCACCAUUAGUAGAGCCGCAAGAUACGCGGUCCCUCAUUCGUAGCCUCGAAAAAAACAGUCCAGAGACGCUUGCUCUUGCCCGCGACUGGGAAGACACAGCGGAAAGCCUUACCAAGACGCGCCAGAAGAUUGCCUCGCAAGUUAUACUCACUUCUGGUCUUUCCAUCCAUGUCUUUGCCUUCUUUACCAGUGCCGUAGAAACUUUGUUAUCGUAUGCGACAGCGUUAGCAUUUUACUUGCAUCUACGUUCUAGCAGCAAGUAUGCCCGCAGACCAGAACUACUGCGCAACCAUCCAAUUAUGUCACGGUUAUUGACACUCAAGCAAGCCCUUAUAACACUGGAGGACCUUGACUUCGCAGCUUCGGACUCGGACCUCGAUGACGAGGAGUCCGACGAGGGUGAUCUACUUGAUGCGAAUGAAUUGUGGAAAUUGGAUCGCAUGAAGGGGCUGGACGAGGGCGAAUUGGAAGGUUUGCUGGACGAUGCAGAUGUCGAUCAAGAAGAAUUAGACGCUCCUCGACCUAAAAAGCGGCGCAAAACCGCAGAAAAGACGAAAAAUCCCGCUCCUUUGCCUAUAUUCGACCUGGUUGAGCCCGAAUUUACCACCUCCACAGUCGAGCAUAAACCGCAAUUUAACGACGAUGGCUACGGGGAAGCAACCUUCCUGCAACAUGCGGAUGUUGCGGACAAACAGGCUCGAAGAAAAAGUCUCCGGUUCCAUACAUCCAAAAUUGAGAGCGCAAGUGCCCGACGACAGGGUGCUCGGAACCAAGCAAUCGGUGGAGAUGAUGAUAUACCAUAUCGAGAAGCAAGGAAGCAACUUAAUAAGCAUUCGAAGAGUAUGCAAAAGGGUCAAGAUCUCGACGAUUCAGAACCGCCGUCUAAACAAAUUGAAGUCGAGGAAGAAACACAAGAUGCAGAGGGUUAUUAUGAGCUCAUCAAGCGUACGUCGAAAGAGAAGAAGGCCAGAAAGAAAGCAGAAUAUGAAGCUGCACAAGCGGCCGCUCGGUACGCUUGCUUUACCAGUGAAACUGAUGGUCCUCGUUCAUUGACCCGCGCCAUUUUAAUGAAUAAGGGCCUAACACCACGGCGACCUAAGAGCGUUCGCAAUCCUCGGGUGAAGAAACGCGAGAAAUUCAAGAAAGCCAAUAUGAAGGUGGCCUCGCAGAAAGCCGUCUUCAAGGGUGGUUUGGCUUCAACAGGGAGAUAUGAUGGAGAACGGUCUGGUAUCUCCAAGGUCGUCAAGAGUGUUCUACCACUUUCCCCCCCUUCUUUCUACUGCAUCUCUAUGGACCAAUUAUUCCCUGCUUUUACAGCAGCAGCCUCUUUUAUCUAUUGCCUCGGACACUACACUGUUGCCAUAUUGCGUGGCACAGGACCAACAAGGAAAGAUUUCAAAACCCGUCACCCACGAGAUGGAUUUGCUUGGCUGCAAAUUGCAACCUGUGCUGCUCUAGCUACGGCCCAGUUGACCCUUCUGCUCCGUCAACCAACGCUUGAAAAUGGGCUGCUACUAGCGACAUAUAGCUACGUCACCCUACUUGUUUUGCUUUCCGACAGAGGGACUCAGCUCCAAAUCAUUCUUACGGUUGCGUUCGGGUCGGUCGCGUAUCGCGACUUGUUUCCACUAACAACGUAUACGUUGAUUCCCAAGGAUGCAUCUGAAGGCUGGAUCAUUUGGACGAAAGCUGCUUUCCUCUUCAUGACUGCGAUUGUCAUUCCUCUUUUCCGUCCUCGUCUCUAUACGCCAGUGGACGCUCAUAAUCCCAUGGAAGAACCUAAUGCAGAGCAAACCAGCUCAUGGUUUUCCUCCUUGACCUAUUUCUACCUGGAACCCCUCAUUUUCCGCGCUUUCAAGCACAGUGGUCUGAGCGUCGACCAAUUCCCUCCACUCGCCGAUUCCGAUGCAGCGGCUUAUUUAACCGCUAAGAAUUUGUCAAUCAUGGACCCUCAGAGCCCCACUGCGAGCAAGAGUCUAUUGCGGGGCAUAUUCAAAGUCUUUCGUUCACUAUACGUGACUUUGCUCACUCUGUCAUUUGUUAUCCAUACCUUGCAAUUCGCGGAACCACUUGUUAUGAAUAAGCUUCUGAGGUCCCUUGAAACAGAACAGCCGUUCUUCAAACCAUGGGUUUGGGUCAUUUUACUCUUCGCUGCUCCCACUUCUCGUUCACUAACGCAAGCACGCUAUACGUAUCAUUCUACUCGGCAACGCGUACAGCUGGAAGCAAUCCUUGUCCAGCUGUUGUUUCGGCACUCUCUACGCCUCCGGCUGACACCGUCGAGGUCAGAAAAAACUGAUUCCCAUAACCUCAUUGGACGUAUGAAUAACCUUGUCACUUCCGACCUUACGAUCCUAUCGGGAUCGCUGGAAUUCUGGAUUAACUUCGUGGUUUUCCCCUUCCAGAUCGCUUUGGGAAUGUCAUUUUUAUAUUCGAUUGUGGGUUGGAGUGCUUUGGUGGGACUCGCGGUCAUUGUUCUGACUCUGCCCGUGCCAUACUGGCUCGGGAGACUGCUGCGAAAGUACCAAAUCAUUUCCAGAAAGAAAACUGACCAGCGCGUUCAAAAUGUCACUGAAACGGUGUCCGUUCUUCGCAUGAUCAAGUCUUUCGCCCUUGAGCGGCAUGUACAAACCAAGAUAUCUGCUGCUCGUGCUCAGGAACUCUCUGCUAUUUGGGUAGUUCGUCUUUUGACAUUCUUGACGAAGACAACGAACUUCAUCAUUCCUUUGCUUAUUAUGCUUGGCACUUUCUCCACAUAUACCCUUGUCAUGAAGCAAAAACUAACAGCAUCCGUCGUGUUUACCGCGCUAACCAUCCUGGAUGGAAUUCUGCGUCCAUCAAUUGCAAGAGCAGUGGACAAUAUUCCUAAUAUCACUGAAGCCAAAGUCUCUCUUGAUCGGAUUGACGAGUUCUUGAGGACCACGGAAAUGCUUGACUCGCCGAUGGCUGAUGCUUCCACAACUCAACAGUCUUCCAAAAUAGGAAUUCAAGACACCGAAUUCUCUUGGUCAGUCAGCGCCGGUGCAGACGAAUUCAGGCUUCGCGUGAAGGCGCCCAUUCUUUUCAUGCCCGGAGUUAUCAACAUCAUCCUGGGUCCCACUGGAGUGGGCAAAACUGCUAUGCUUUUAGCUUUACUGGGUGAAAUGCACGUGACUCAUACAACCUCUCAUUCUUGGGUAAAUUUACCUCGAGAAGAGGGGAUUGCCUACGCAGCCCAGCAGCCUUGGAUUGAGAAUGCUACCUUCAAGCAAAACAUUGUGCUUGACUAUCGUGCUCCGUUUGAUGAAGAACGGUAUAGGAAAGUUCUUCACGCAUGCGCCUUAUACCCUGAUUUGAAAACCUUCGCUGCCGGAGACGAAACUGAGAUCGGAGAGAAAGGUUUGAGCCUGAGUGGCGGACAACGUGCUCGCACUCAUCACGUCAACCUUGUUCGCCCUAUUUGCGGGCAUGUUGUUUCGAUUCACAACGAUGGGUCCAUCUCGCAGGGAUCUAUUGACAAGGUCUCUGUAUCAGAAGGAGUUUUGGAAGUGGAGACGACGCUUGAACAGAGCAACCCUGAGCCCAUCAAAGCUGUGACCACAGACAUAUCUCGCGGGAAACUGAUAGUCGAGGAAAAGGCACAACAGGGGAUGGUCAAAUGGUCAACAUAUAAAUUGUUCUUUGCCAACUUGAGUGCACAUCCUGUCUUGUUUAUGGGGUCUAUUUGCGUGCUGUUGGCGCUCAACGAGACUAUGACGGCGUUUCAAGCCUGGUUCCUCGGCUAUUGGUCGCGCCAAUAUGUCGAUAAGCCCGCAUCCUCUGUUGACGUACCUUAUUACCUCGGCGUCUACACUGGUUCAGUUUGCAUUGCAAUGGUUCUUUACAUAAUGGCCUUGGUUUUAUAUGCCUCGGGAACUCUGCGCGCGAUCAGAAUCAUUCACGAAAAGCUAAUGGCAGCCAUCGUUGGAACCACACUUCGAUGGCUCGAUACCACGCCAAUGAGUCGAGUUCUCGCACGGGCGACCCAGGAUACAAACAAAGUUGACGGCUCUUUUGCCAACGGUGCUAUCGCAUCAUUGGAGCGGACGAUUAGUAUUCUCGCUAAAUUUGUUGCCGUCAUGAUUAUUUCUCCGACUUUCCUGCUGCCUGGUGCAAUGAUUAUUGCAGCUUCCGCAUUCGCUGGGUGGGUCUAUCUGUCAGCCCAGCUCCCUAUCCAACGUGAAGUGUCUCGUGCCCGGUCGCCGAUGCUCGCCCAUUUUUCCGCUGCCGUUGCCGGUCUUCCUUCCAUUCGCGCAUAUCAAGUUCAGGGAUUGUUCCUCGAGGAGUCUGCCCGGCGUGUAGAUCUCUUGACACGUCCAGCGAUUUCCUAUUGGAACUUGAAUCGUUGGAUCACAGUUCGGUCUGAUUCACUCGGCGCAGUUUAUUCAGCUGCUCUUGGGUGGUAUCUACUACUUGGUCCUGGAUCUGGUCAAGAUGCAGCCAAUGUCGGCUUCUCCCUCUCGAUGGCCAUGUCAAUGACGCGGAUGAUUCUUUGGUGGGUUAGGAUCACUAAUGCAGCUCAACUUGACGCCAACAAUCUGGAGCGGAUCGAAGAAUAUAUCGAGAUUGAGCAAGAACCUAGGCCAACCAAAGAUGCUACUCCGCCAGCUUACUGGCCAGCAUCUGGCCAGUUGAUUGUCCAAAAUGUUUCUGCUCGAUACUCUGCUGAUGAACCAAAUGUAUUACACAAUAUCAACUUGAAAAUCAAGUCUGGUGAGCGGAUCGGCAUAGUUGGUCGGACGGGGAGCGGCAAGAGCUCAUUGACGCUUGCCUUGCUUCGAUUCAUCCCGACGGAAGGAGAGAUCAUCUACGACAACAUCCCAAUCCACAAAAUCAACUUGGAUUCUCUCAGAUCCAAUAUCACCAUUAUUCCUCAAGUGCCCGAGUUAUUGGCCGGAACUAUCCGGGCUAACUUGGAUCCUUUUGGAGAACGGGAAGACUCGACUCUCAAUGACGCGCUUCGUGGUGCUGGUUUAUUCAGUCUUCGCAUUGACGGACACAGCAGUGGUCUCACACUCGACAGUGUUGUAGCUCGGGAGGGCAGCAAUAUGUCUCUUGGGGAAAGGCAAAUUGUGGCAAUGGCUCGAGCUAUCGUGCGACGUAGUCCUCUUGUUAUCCUCGACGAGGCUACUUCCGCCAUAGAUUUUGAAACCGAUGCUCUCAUCCAGAGAACACUUCGCAAUGAAUUCAAGGGUACUACAAUUAUCACCGUCGCACACCGUCUUCAGACUGUUAUGGACUACGACCGCAUUAUUGUGCUGGACGCCGGAAGACUUGCUGAAUUCGGCUCGCCCGAAGAGCUCAUACUGCAAGAAAAGGGUCUUUUCCGAAGCAUGGUGGAGGAUAGCAUCGAUAGAGAUGACUUGGUCGCUCUUGCUAACCGUGGUGGAAUGUGGACAUAG